CACAACGCGGAAGCGGCGAGGGAGAGCGGAAAUCAAGUUUGAGCAGUUGCGUGGGGUCGCCUCAGAAGCGGGGCUGAGGCGGCCGCGAAGAGGACCUGGGGCCCGCCAACCCUCCGUCCGUUCUCCCUUGCUCUCUCCACCCCAUCCCGGGGAACCUGCCAUGAAUGUGGACGUGGAGUUCCACAUUCGCCAUAACUACCCCUGGGCCCGUCUCCCCGCCAGCGUUAAGCAGGGUCUUGGAAACUCACAACGAGAAUAUGAAAAGCAGGUUGUACUCUACAGUAUCCGCAAUCAACUUCGGUACCGAAAUAACUUAGUUAAGCACAUCAAGAAAGAUGAACGCAAAUACUAUGAGGAUCUGUUAAAAUAUAGCAGAGAUCAUCUUAUGUUGUACCCCUACCAUUUGUCUGACAUCAUGGUGAAGGGAUUGAGGAUAACACCUUUUUCAUAUUACACAGGAAUAAUGGAGGACAUAAUGAACAGUGAAAAAAGUUAUGAUUCAUUGCCUAAUUUUACUGCUGCAGACUGCUUAAGGCUUCUUGGCAUAGGAAGAAACCAGUAUAUUGAUCUGAUGAACCAAUGUAGGUCAUCAAAAAAAUUUUUUAGAAGGAAAACUGCCCGUGAUCUGCUACCCAUGAAACCAGUAGAAAUUGCCAUUGAAGCUUGGUGGGUAGUACAAGCCGGUUAUAUCACAGAGGAUGACAUUAAGAUAUGCACACCCUGUGAAAAAACUGCAGUUGAUAAAAUCAUUGAUUCAGGUCCUCAGCUUGCUGGAAUCCUGGACUACAGUAUUGUUCACAGCUUAUAUAAUAAGGGGUUUAUCUACCUUGAUGUACCAAUAUCCGAUGACAGUUGCAUAGCAGUGCCACCACUGGAAGGAUUUGUUAUGAACAGAGUGCAGGGAGAUUAUUUUGAAACUCUGCUGUACAAGAUAUUUGUUUCCAUAGACGAACACACAAACGUCGCAGAGCUAGCAAAUGUCCUUGAGAUUGAUUUGUCGCUUGUAAAGAAUGCUGUUUCCAUGUAUUGCCGGCUAGGGUUUGCCCAUAAAAAGGGUCAAGUAAUAAACCUGGAUAAUCUUCAUUUAUCUUGGCGGAACGUUCCCUCCAUAAACAGGCUAAAAACAACCCUGGACCCACAGAAGAUGCUGUUAUCCUGGGAGAGUGGAGAAAGCAGGAGUCCUGUCCAAGAGGCUGGCUCUUCUGCCACCGAUACAGAUAUCAACAGUCAAGAUGACCAAGGUGACACAGCCAGUGUGAACAGCUUAAGUCUAUCUACUGCACACACAAAGAGGAUAGCAUUCCUCUUUGAUUCAACUCUGACGGCCUUUUUAAUGAUGGGGAAUCUUUCGCCGAAUUUGAAAAGUCAUGCAGUCACCAUGUUCGAAGUAGGAAAACUGUCCGAUGAGUCACUGGACAGUUUUCUGGUGGAACUUGAAAAGGUUCAGAGUACAGGAGAGGGUGAAGCUCAAAGAUACUUUGAUCACGCUCUUACCCUGAGAAACACCAUCCUGUUUCUGAGACACAAUAAGGACCUCGUGGCUCAGGUUUCGCAGGCUGAGCAACCCACUAACGGUUUCCCUCUGGAUUUACUGCGCUGUGAAAGCUUGCUUGGCUUGGACCCUGCCACCUGCAGCAGAGUUUUGAACAAAAACUACACACUGCUUGUCUCCAUGGCACCCCUCACCAAUGAAAUUCGACCUACCAGCAGCUGCACUCCCCAGCAUAUCGGGCCAGCUAUCCCAGAAGUGAGCUCCGUGUGGUUCAAGCUCUAUAUUUAUCACAUAACUGGACAGGGGCCUCCAUCCCUGUUAUUAUCUAAAGGCACAAGGCUUCGAAAACUUCCAGAUAUAUUUCAGGGCUAUGACCGCUUAUUAAUAACAUCUUGGGGUCACGAUCCAGGAGUGGUCCCCACUUCGAAUGUGCUCACAAUGUUGAACGAUGCUUUAACCCAUUCUGCUGUCCUAAUUCAGGGACACGGCAUACACGGCGUGGGGGAAACUAUCCACAUUCCAUUUCCACUUGAUGAAGCAGAACAGCAAGGAGAUUUUUCCCGUCUCAACAUGGGUGUCCAUAAAGCACUGAAGAUGUUGAGGGAAAAGAUGGAUCUCCAGCACUUAUGCGGCUACAUCACCAUGUUGAACCCUUUCAGUCACCCCGUGAAGAGGAAGCUGAGCGAUGCGUCUGAGGAAAAAGAGGAUCCAGAGCUUGCCCUGGGCUCAGAUGUAAACGGAAGCACAGAAUCCUUUGAAAUGGUCAUUGAAGAGCCCUACAUAGAUCCUGCUGCUAAACAAAGCCCAGAAGUCCCUACCACAGAACUGGAGUGGGUUCCCUUGGAACUGAGCUUCGGAAUCCCACUGUUCAGCUCAGACCUCAACCGAAAAGUCUGUCGGAAGAUCGCCAGCCAUGGAUUAUGCAGCAGAGAGAGCCUUCAAAAACUGUUACAUUCCAGCAGAAAACUUUCCCUCCAGGUCCUUAGUUUUGUUCAUUCAUUCCAGGAAAACAUUUCAACCAUGGAGUUGCUGUCAGAGGCCAGUUUUUCUUCUUCUGCGUCAAGUUUACUUUCUCCUCUAACUUCUGCCGACGCCGGGGUUCCACUGCCUGCCAAGAAUCUCAUGUUUAAGGAUGGCGUAUUAUCGGAAUGGAGCGGACGGUCUCCUUCCUCGGUCCUAAUUGCAGCCAUGCCCCCAGAACACGUAAAGUAGCAUGGCCUUCACAACUUGCCUUUGGACUCCUGGUAUAACCAACUGCAUUCAACUCACAGUGCCAAUCUUCUGAAACUUGGGGUGCCGUCACAACGCUGUUCCCCUGCAGUGAAGGUGUUAAAGGGUGCGGAUGUUACAUUUCAGUGGGGGAGGGGGAGGAGGAAGAGGCAUUUGGUCUCCCCGUUUCCUGCAUGUUCUGUCCUAACGAAAAAGUUUUUGUUCAUCCGAAAAAGCUUUUGUUCAUCCGUUGGCCUGUCUCUUCUCUCAAGACAAUCGAUCUUUCAUUUUUAUUUUAACAGACCGUCCCCUUCCAAAGCUUUCUGAUCAUUGAAUUUCUAUGCUGUCGCAAGGGAUAAUAGCAAUUUUAUAUAUUAGCAAUGCUGACCUUAAAUUUGCCUGGUUCUUUUUGUAUUACAAUAAUACUGUAAACAGCUGAAACAGUUUUUGAUGUUAGAGAGGCACAAAUUAUACUCCAAUAAUGCUCCGUGUUUGUGUCGGUGAUUCUGGCAGUGGUCUUGAGGACUAGCAGUACAAGGGACUAUCGCCAAUCUAGUCUCUGAACUACCUGAUUAAAAACAAUGGUGGGAAGAUUCAAUGCUAUUUUGUACUGGGUUUUAAUCUGAAAUUUUGUAAACAUCGGCUGAUGCCUCAUGGGAAAACAUUAAGAGGUUGGAUUAACAUUCUCCUUUCUAACUAAAAACCUGCUGGCACACGGGCAUAUUAUUGUAGAGUUAGCUAUGCAACAGUUUUACACAUAAUGGAUUUCAUCCUAUAAGUCCUCCGUUUGUGCACAAUUAUCAUCCGGUGUGGAAUUUGUCUUUGGAAAGCGCCAACAAGCAUCCCAAAAGCCGAACCUGGAAAAUUUGACUCUGUUCCCUUGAGUUUUCAAGCACACUUCAUCGGGCAGCUUGGAGGGGAAAAAAAAGUUAGUCUGAGUUGACAAAUACAGGCGACAAGCUUUUUUAACCAUGGAUGCGGUCCACAAAACCUUUGCAAACGUAACCACGAUAUUCCAUGUUCUUGAAGGCAGCAUAGGAAAAGUUUUCGGUGAAUUCUGUUCAGGGGUAACUGAGACUCUCCAACGAAAAGGCCAAACUCAAGAAAACAUUUACCUACCAUGUAGGAAUAGGCAGAUAGAGGAGAUACUAAAACCGUAAGCAAGGUAUUAAAAAGGAAGGCAAAUCUGGUAUAGAAUUGGGAAGCUUUGAGGAUAACCCUCCGGGGGAUUUCCUAAUUUCACCCGAACAUACUGUCCGGACAGGUUGCCUUCCUGUGCGGCUUUCACUCGUUUCAGAGGAAUAGAUGGAGAGGGGAGUUUUAGUGAAUGGCCACAACGGUUGAGGUGCUCUGUUCAUUAUUUAAAACGUUAAUGGAAAUGAUUCGUGCUGGAGUCUUUGUAGAGCAUAUCAGUGUUCCCUUCCUAGAAGGGCAAGAGAAACGUGCACAGUGUUGUUUAAUAAUUAGUUUUGUAAGGUCGAUAACACAUUCUGUCGUGCUGUUCUGCUCACUUCAGGAUCUUGGCUGUUGCAGAGUCUAAAAAUGCAGCUGUAAGAAGUUAGGAAUUGGACUUGUUUCCUAAAAUCACUGUGGCCUAAAGUGGACGAUCCAGGAGUUUGCGGGAAGCAUGGUUGGUUUCUUUAACUGGAUUUUUUUCUUUCUUUUUUUUAAUGCAAAUCAGCUGGCUUGAAUGGUUGGAGAUGUUUGAGGGACCAAGAAUUUAGAGAGCACUUAUUUGACAUUCCAGGAGGAUAUAGCAAGAUACGUAUUUUUUUUAUUUUUAAAAAAGGAUUUUCUGUCCGUAUUUUAAAAAUUAGAACUUAGGGCAUUGGAUAUUGUUUCAUUUUUUUCCCCCUUUUUUUCCUCCCUCGCAUAGAACACGCAUACAAAGCACGUAAUCCCCUUCUAUUUCUAUCCACCAAUUCUGAUACUAUUCUUCUGAAGAGCAAGAAUAGACAAAAAUUGUAUAAAGAGCCCUAUUUUUAUCAACCUUUCUCUCAUUUCUCAGCAUUUUAUACCCUCCUUUCCCCUCUUUAUAUUAGGAUAGACCUUUAAUAUUAUAGUUAACAUGCAGCUUCACCUAAAAGUGUAAUUUAUCACCCACCGUGUCAGUGCUUGAAAUACGCAGCUGUUACUUAAGAACCUUCUAACCAAGAAGGGGGGAAAAAUAGGAAGAGAGUAAAUAUGAAGAUUAAUUGUAGUUCAGAAGCCAGUUAUUGUCCAGUUACGUUGGGAAACCAAAUUAUUUAGGAAGCAGACCCAUUUGAGGGCAUAAACAGCAGCUUAUUAUAUUGAAAUCUUCAGGAUGAAGACCCUCUCGUGGAGAUAAUUAGAUAUCUUCUGGGUUCCUUCCAGAUUCGAUUACAACCCUUCCUAGUGACUUGCCCUUUCUGAAUUGCCUUCUUUCAAAGCUCCUGUGUACCCCGUUUGCCACCCUAAAAGACGGCUGCUUUUGGUUUCAAUAUACAGUUACAAUGUGUAGAAGGGAGGGGCCCUUGGUCCUCUUUGAGCCUGCUUGUUUCCUUGCGGUCAUUUCAUUAUCCCAAACUAGGUAACUGAUGCUGUUACCCAGUUGG